CAGAGUUAUCAUGGCGUCUUUGGGACCGAAGCUCCUGCUGCAAUUGAGCUGAAAAAAUAAAUAAAUCUGUCGACAGUCUGUGAAUCUAAAAUGGAGAACAAUGCCAGCCUGCAUGGAGACACUGACGGAGGCUCUCUGUGCGCCACGACUGCGGGAGAGACGGGCGACGUUACGGCUGUCUGCGGAGCGAAAGGAGCAGCCGAGAAAUGCAAGACCCGUGAGGCUGCUCUCAGUACUUUGGUCAACGCUAGUUACAACAACAGCACCGCCAAGGAUGCAUGUGCUCCCUGCUCCGGGAACGUCACCUCCAGCGCAGCGAAGUCAGAAGUCAUCGCAGUCCCCCCGGUGCAGCAGAGGAGCGAGACCCAGAGGAGCCGGUCCGGGUCCGGGGACCGGGUCAGUAACGGGAUGGGGCAUGCCUCGGCGCUGGCUGCAGAAGAUAGCGAGGGUGGUGCCUCAAAGUUAGUAAACAACAACACCGACAGCUCGUCCAAACCUCUCGCUGAGGGUCUGGCUCCUCGUGGAGAAAGUGCACCCACAAAACUUGCCAAACCGACCCAGCUGUGUCCGGACAAAGCGCUCACCGCAGACGUCCACCCCGGGCUGUCCGGUGAACGCACCUUGUCGGAGGGAUUGCCGAGUGGGAGUGACCCCGAUGCCAGCCUCGGAGGAGAGUCCCGAAGCGUAGAUUCACUGGAGUCCUUCUCCAACCUCAACUCCUGCCCGAGCUCGGACCUGAACAGCGAGGGGCUGGAGGACCGAGGGCUGGCCCUGGCCCUGGCCCUGCAGGGCGAGCACGGGGCUGAUGGGACGAAGGCUUCGUGCGCCAAGGAUCGGACCGCCGGCCAGUCCAUAUACCACAUCAAGUGGAUCAAGUGGAGGGAGGAGAAGACGCCGAUCAUCACCCAGAACGAGAACGGCCCCUGUCCGCUACUGGCCAUUAUGAAUGUCCUUCUGCUUGCAUGGAAGGUUAAGAUGCCACCUAUGAUGGAAAUUAUAACUGUUGAGCAACUGAUGGAGUAUCUUGGAGACUACAUUCUUGAAACUAAGCCUAAAGAGAUAUCGGAGGCUCAGCGGCUAAACUAUGAGCAGAACAUGAGUGAUGCCAUGGCAGUGUUGCACAAGCUGCAGACAGGUCUGGAUGUGAACGUGAAGUUCACAGGAGUGCGAGUCUUCGAGUACACCCCAGAAUGCAUUGUGUUUGAUCUGCUUGACAUCCCUCUCUACCACGGCUGGCUGGUUGACCCGCAGAUGCAGGACAUUGUCAAAGCAGUGGGCAACUGCAGCUACAACCAGCUGGUAGAGAAGAUAAUAUCCUGCAAACAGUCGGACAACAGCGAGCUGGCAGGAGAAGGCAUCGUGGCGGAGCAGUUUCUGAGCAGCACAGCCACUCAGCUCACGUACCACGGCUUAUGUGAGCUCACAUCCACCGUACAGGAGGGAGAGCUCUGUGUCUUCUUCAGGAAUAACCACUUUAGCACCAUGAUCAAAUACAAGGGCCAGCUUUACCUCCUGGUUACAGACCAAGGUUUCCUGACAGAGGAGAAGGUCGUUUGGGAAAGUCUGCACAAUGUUGACGGAGACGGCAACUUCUGUGAUUCGGAGUUCCGGUUGCGGCCGCCUUCGGAUCCAGAGACUGUGUACCGCGGCCAGCAGGAUCAGAUAGACCAGGACUAUCUGAUGGCGCUGUCACUGCAGCAGGAGCAGCAAAGCCAGGACCUACAGUGGGAGCAGCUCCCCGAGGGCAUCAGUGACCUAGAGCUGGCAAAAAAGCUUCAAGAGGAGGAGGACCGACGAGCGUCCCAGUACUACCAAGAGCAGGAGCAGGAACAGGCGGCGGCAGCUGCAGCAGCAGCAGCACAGGCACAGCAGGGCCAGCAGGAGCCUGCCGAGGGAGACGAGGCGGACAGAGGAGGGCCAGGAGCAGGCGGAGCAGCAGCCGGCGCUGGGACGGCAGCAGCUGCUGGAGCCACACCCAGCCCGGGAAAACAGUCCUCAAGCGGGGAGCGCAAGGCCAAGAAAGAAUCGAAGGAUAAAGACAAAUGUGUUAUUUUGUAACAUACAGCUUGUCUCUGUGAGUGUUUUGUGCAUUUGCUUAUCCGUGAGAAAGGGGACAGCAUUUGUUUCUCCAUGGACUGGACACACAACGGCCAGCCUCCAUCCCCCUUGACGACAUCCAAGGUAAGGAGACGUUUUGAGGAGAGACGCAAAAAGACUUAGAGGAUUUGCUGUUCCCAAACCACUGGUGCCUGCUAUCCUCUUUCCUCAGUGGAACCUGGACAUCAGAGGAAGGAACGCUACCAUGACAACUACAGCUUACCUUUCAUAGAGUCGGCCAAACUUUGUUACAAGUUGCACAGUGCACUAUAUUUGUGAUGUGGGGUCAAGUUUAUUCGGGGUGGUAUAUUUUAUAGCAAAUGACAUAAUCUGAAGAAACAAAAUGUCACCAUGUUCUUUCCCCCCAAAAAAAUCAUUCAUUUGUCAUUGCUGCAGCUCAUAAGCUUUUUUGUAUGUAUCAAUACUUACAAAACGUAUAUAGACGGAUACACAUUUUUUUUUAAGUUGAUGACGAGAUUCACAUUUUAUUUAUAUAUAUUUGAGGUAGCUUUUGGUGAGUUUUUAUUUUUAUCUGUAAACUGACAUGGAUUUGCUCCUAAUGUUGCAUGUAGGAAAUCAGUUUAACACUAUUUGUGUCCCCUCCAAAACACUAUGUACCUAAGGGUUAAUUAAUGCCAGAUAGCUGCAAGUUACUGUAGCUAUGGAACAAUACUCAUCACAGCUUGCCCUGUUCAGAUUUGCCUUACCAGAGUAUGGUGAUGUUGUAUUCUGCUCUGUUUGAAUGUGAAUGUGUGUUUGUUUGUUUUCAUGUGUGUGGUAUGUGCAGUACACAUGUGGUAUAAUUGGUGUGUGGUACACAUGUCUCAUUUACUGAGAAACGCUGAUGUAACACGUUUAAAUUUGGAAAUAGCCAAAUAUUUUAUGCUGUAUCAACUCAGCUCCACGUUCGUCUAGUCUUUUAUGUUGAGGUUCUAUUUCUCAAAAGCUACGUUUGGGACAGUCAAACUGAGAUAACUGAGAUUUGCUGGAUAUUUUUCUGAAUCUGAAGUUGUUUCUAUGUUAACCACGACUAUCCUUUAGCAGAUAAGAUUAGGAGUAGAUCACACCCAGUUUAGAGUGAAUGGUAGUUCUGAAGGGCCCUUUAAUUUUUCCAGUCUCUUUUUGCUGCUUCCUAAAAAGGUGUGUGUGUGUGUGUGUGUGUGUGUGUGUG